CGCUAUAUUCACUAUGUUACAGCACUUUGAUGUGAUGAUGUCAUUUCCUAUUGACAAGGGGGUUGGGGUAUUUAAAUUGUUUGGUGAUAUAGGCAUGGUUGCCUUAAGAAAGGUCCCUGAGAGGACCGAAACGUCACGUUGGCUGUACAUGCAUUUUCAAUACACUUGAAUUUUUGCACAAAAUAUAUCAGUGUUGCUGGUCUUUUCUACAGUAUGUAACCCUUUUUUUCACCUUGCACCCGACUUUGAAACAGUUUAGCGGAGUGCGGCCCCACAGGAACUUUAUAUUAUACUGCUUUGCAGUUUGGCCUGCACCUGCACAAGAUCUUUUUUGUACUUUUAUGACUAAGAGAAUUCUCAAGCCCUCAAGCAAUAUGGAGAAAUCCUCACAGCUUGAUUCCAACUACAGACCAUUUACAACCGAGGAAGUAGACAAGAUACUUUUCACAGAAACCUUCAAGGAUACGUUUGGAGAUUGGGGCUCUAAAGAAAUAUACCAUGAACUGCUGAGAUUGCGGAAGAGGGAAGUUGAACUACAUUUACAUGGGGUCUCCCUCUCUGAAUAUUAUAGGGAGAAAAGGAUUCCCCGAGGAUUCCGCAUCAAUAAUAUGCCCACCAUUGGGCGCAGUAACCCAGAUUUCUGUAACCGUUGGUGUGCCGCACUAGACCGGUGCUCUUUGGAGCUAAUACUACUAGUGGUAGAGGAGACAGGCCGUGAACUAAAAUCUAUACGUGGGGACAUACUGCAGUUUGAAACUGACAAUCAGAACACACUACAAUUGGACAAGGAUAACGAUUGGCUUACCAAAAUACAGGAACAGGUUGCUCGUUACAAGAGUGACAUAUUAGCGUUCAAACGCUCGAAAUUCCUUAGAGUCCAGCAGGAUUACAAGGAGAGCAGCAUGUAUCGAUGGCGCCAUGGAGGGAGACCUAACGUGCAACGCCGCAGGGUGAUGACGCAACGCGUGAGGAGGCGGCUUGGAUACACGUCCAGCAGCGCAGAAUCUGAAGAGGACAAAGACGUGGAGAUGCGUCCAUCGCAGGAGGUUUUUUUAGAUGCCGAGCAGCCCAAAGACACAGGACCCGAACCAAGCACAGACGUGGGAGCCAAAAGCAUAAGAAACAGGGGCCGUGGCAGACCGCCCCGCAGGGGGGGGCAGGCCGCCUGUGAGCAGACGGUGAUUAACCUCUCGAAGCACCAACUGACGGCAGUGGAGGCACAGCUUGGGAAACUGCUAAGGGAUGCUUGCAUGCAUGGCUGGAUCACGGAGACUACACGCGAUGGAUUGACCGUGGCUCAUCCAGUAAGACCGGUGAUCUAUUCAUUGCCUAAAAUACAUAAAAAUCUGAAACAACCCCCAGGGAGACCUAUCAUAUCGGCUAGAGGGUCACUGACAGAAAAGAUAUCGAAAUAUGUUGAUAUGCUUUUGCAACCCAUGGUGAAAAACUUGGGGUCCUACAUACAGGAUACUUCAGACUUCCUAAAAUUGAUUGGCAGUAUAGAUUUGGGUGAUAUGGACUUUCUGUUUGUGACUAUGGAUGUCCAUAGUUUAUACACAUGCAUACCUCACGAAGCGGGCAUACAAGCAGUAAAGGAAUGCAUCAGUGGAAAUUCCCUGUACACUGGCCCCCCAACGGAAUUUGUGGCGUCUUUGUUGGAGUUCAUUCUAUAUAAGAAUGCCUUUAAAUUUGAAAAUAAUUUCUUUCUACAAUUAACUGGAACCGCUAUGGGUUCAAAUGUAGCUCCUACAUACGCCAACAUCUACAUGCAUUGGUAUGAAACUCACUACAUAUAUUGUCACCCCGCCUUUCGCAGAUAUGGUGGGUACUAUCGCCGUUACAUCGACGAUGUGUUUUUUCUUUGGUAUGGCCCCGAGGAGAGCCUAUUGGAGUUCGUAGGUGAAUUGAAUGAUGCGGUAUCUCCCAUCAGGUUCACAAUGCAUAGGAACACACACUCCAUUGACUUUUUAGAUGUAACGGUGUAUAAGGAUCUAUACUCUAACCGGUUGCAUACAAAAAUAUUCCGGAAGCCCACGGACAGAAAUUCCCUUUUGCACUUUUCCAGUAGUCAUCCUCGCCACCUACUGAACUCGUUACCUAGGUCGCAAAUGAUCAGGGUAGUUCGUAUCACAAGUAAGGAGGAGGAAAGACGUGAGGCCUUGAAUGUGAUGGCCAAGCAAUUCCUGGAAAGGGGGUACCCAUAUAAGCUUAUUAUGGACACAAGGGAGUGGGCGGAGACACUGGACCGUGAGGCAAUGCUGAAGGGGUCGGUGCAGGUUAAAAGCACCAGGGAUGAUGUUCUUAACUAUAUGACAGUGUAUGAUGCACACACACCUGUGAUCAAAAAAUCUAUUUUGCAGCACUGGCCUAUUGUGAAAUCGGACGUUGACUUAACAGUGAUUAAUCGCAGAAGUAUUACUUUUGGACACAGGAGACAUAGGAACCUAAAGGAGCUCCUUUCACCUACGGAUCCGGUAAGCAAAUACAUGCCAGCUGCUAAAAUAAAUAGAAUGGGGGUCUUCAAAUGUGGCAAUUGUGUCAUGUGCAACUGCUUAAUCGUGGGUGAUUCAUUCUUUCAUCCACACACUGGAAAGAAAUACUCUAUUAGGCACAGACUCACAUGCACUUCCCGUAAUGUAGUGUAUAUCAUAAAGUGUCCUUGCGGACUAAUAUACUGCGGGAAGACCUGCAGACAGUUAAAGGAGAGGAUCAGCAUGCACCGUGCAACUAUAAGAGCAGCCCUAGACCUUAAACCUAAGAUAGAGGGGAAGCAGGAUAUUUCAAGGCAACCUGUGGCACAGCAUUGGCUUCAAGAAAAGCACCCGGAAUCUUCUUUCAAGUGUAUGCCCAUAGACUGGAUUGCCGACCCACCCAGAGGGGGAGAUACAGACCGUAUCUUACUUCAGAGGGAGGCGUUUUGGACAUACGAACUGAAUUGUGUGGCCCCCAAAGGCUUAAACAGCUCUUUAUCUUUAAAUUGUUUUCCGUGAGAGGGUUUCCCACUAGUCUUAUGAAUGAAUUGUAAAUUUUAGAAAGUAAGGAAUUGAUAGACAUGUUACAUAACGGGGACACACAAAUAUACUUAAAUGUGGGAACAAAACUUGGUACUGGAGGUUGUAGUAUGUAAGCUUGUAGUGGGAAUACCUUUCUGGAAGUAGUGAUGUAAUGACAUGACCUGGACCAUAAAAAGUCUUUUCGAGCAUGAUUAAUUGCAUUGACUGAAAAAAUAUAUGGGAAUAUAACUUGAUAGGUCCGUAUUGGUCAUUUCCGACAUUGAUAAUUUAAUCAUUGUUUUUAGAUUUUAUACAGUAUUAAAUACUUACACGGGCACAUGUAAUUGUUUCGGCCGACAUAUAUAUGUAUAACACAUGUUAGAUGAAUGUUUAAUCUUUAUUUAUACCAUGCACAUGAUGCACUUUAACUAUAACUUACAUGUAGUUUUAUUCAUUUAGGUGGACACGGGACACAAGCAGAUGCUCAUUAUCAUUGAGUGAUCGUAUGGAUAUUGUUUUAAUACUAUUUUACAUUUCGCUAUAUUCACUAUGUUACAGCACUUUGAUGUGAUGAUGUCAUUUCCUAUUGACAAGGGGGUUGGGGUAUUUAAAUUGCUUGGUGAUAUAGGCAUGGUUGCCUUGAGAAAGGUCCCUGAGAGGACCGAAACGUCACGUUGGCUGUACAUGCAUUUUCAAUACACUUGAAU